UAAAAAAGUCAAAACCCUAACAAGUACUACACAAAGCCUUCGUACUUGCGCCUCUGUGCGGUUUCUUCUCGGGCACUGGUUCGCGCGCUGCGUAGCGGUUUCCACUUUCCUUCACUUCACUUCGUUCCACACUUUCCACCUCCAAAACGAUGGGCCGCAAACACGACGCCGUUGUCGCAGCCGAACCAGUUGCCGUGCCAUCACCAGCAGGAGAAGCCCCAAACAGUCCCAAACUCAAAUCCGAGAAGAAGAAGAAAAAGCACAAGAACAAAGACAAACACAACCAAGAACAAAACGGAACCGCUAGUCCUAAAAGAAAGCUCGACGAGAUCCAGCCUCAAAACGGCGCCGAAUCCGACAAGGGGAAAAAGAAGAAGAAGAAGCACAAGCGCGAUUCGGAAGAGAACGUGGAGGAAACCAAAGCUGAAUCCGUUGAUGGAGCUGGCGGAGGCGGCGGAGGAGGAGAUGAGUCGGUUACCGACGGGCAUGUGGCGGUUACCGGGAAGAACGCCGGAGAGGCGAAGUACGCGCCGGUGAAGAGCUUCGCUGGUUCGGGGCUGCCGGAAAACGUGCUGGAGUGCUGCAAGGGCUUCGAGAAGCCGUCGCCGAUUCAGUCACGUGCAUGGCCUUUCUUGUUGGACGGUCGUGAUCUCAUCGGAAUCGCUGCAACUGGUUCAGGGAAGACGCUGGCGUUUGGGAUUCCUGCCGUUAUGCACGUUCUGAGCAAGCGGAAGAAUAAAGCGGUGAAGGGUCGGAACCCUCUUUGCCUCGUGCUCUCUCCUACCAGGGAGCUAGCUCAACAAAUUUCAGAUGUUAUGUGUGAUGCUGGUAAGUCUUGUGGUGUGGAGUCAGUUUGUUUGUAUGGUGGAACCUCCAAAGGGCCACAAAUCUCGUCACUGAAAUCUGGCAUCGACAUUGUCAUUGGAACUCCUGGUCGUAUACAGGAUUUGAUUGAAAUGGGUGUCUGUAGCCUAAAAGAUGUAUCUUUUGUGGUGCUUGAUGAAGCAGAUCGGAUGCUUGACAUGGGUUUCGAACAAGUAGUCCGCUCUAUACUGGGUCAGACAUGCUCUGUUCGCCAAAUGGUGAUGUUUAGCGCUACUUGGCCCUUACCAGUUCAUCAGUUAGCACAGGAGUUUAUGGAUCCCAACCCUGUAAAAGUUGUUGUAGGUUCAGAAGAUUUAGCUGCGAAUCAUGAUGUCAUGCAGAUAGUUGAGGUCUUGGAUGACCGUGCGCGUGAUAACCGACUGGUUGCUUUACUGGAAAAAUACCACAAAUCUCAGAGGAACCGAGUAUUGAUCUUUGUUUUGUACAAAAUGGAAACCACACGAGUUGAAAGGAUGCUUCAACAAGGAGGUUGGAAGGUUGUGUCCAUACAUGGAGACAAAGCACAACAUGAUCGUACAAAGGCACUUUCAUUAUUCAAGAAUGGGAGCUAUCCUUUAAUGAUUGCUACUGAUGUGGCUGCACGCGGAUUGGAUAUUCCAGAUGUUGAAGUUGUUAUCAACUAUAGUUUUCCUUUAACUACAGAAGAUUAUGUUCAUAGAAUUGGUCGGACUGGACGAGCUGGUAAAAAGGGUGUUGCCCAUACAUUCUUCACACAGCAGAAUAAGGGUCUUGCUGGGGAGCUUGUGAAUGUAUUAAGAGAAGCUGGACAAAUUGUGCCAGAUGCCCUUUUGAAAUUUGGCACACAUGUAAAGAAAAAGGAGUCCAAGUUUUAUGGGGCCCACUUUAAGGAAAUUUCCGCUGAUGCACCGAAGUCUCAAAAAAUUACAUUUGACAACUCUGACGAAGACUAAAUGCAUGCUAACUUACGGUUAGUUUUUGGUUGGAUGGAUAUUGGAAUUCAGUUGUUUAUUCUUUUUACCUCCUGGUUACUUGUUCCUUUAAAAAGGAAAUAAGCAUAUAUUAUUAGAGCCAGAAGUCGAUUAGCUAGUCUUUUCCUCUCGUAGCAUUUAUGGAUCAGAAGAUUUUGUCCUUUUCUUUCGUGAGAUGAUAAUCCUUGUAUUCACUAUGUAUAACUACAAUUUAGCAUCUAUAAUGGUUUAUUAAAUUCUAUAAUUUA